GGCGAUAACAAUUUUUGUUUGAGAAAUUUAUUGAUUACACUUGAAAUACAUUUUUGUUUCAAUUUGGGCGGAACUGUUUGUUUGUACAAACACUAGUUACAGACCUUGAAAGUCACUGCGUUGCGCAAUUAUCCUUUUUUGAUUUCAGCUAUGGAGUUUUCUAUCCCGGUAGAACAGAUCGGCUCGGAACACCAAAAAAUUCCAGUAAUGACGAAGAUAUAAAAUAACCUUUUUCUUAGGCAUUACUUAUUCGAAUUGACAAGACUUCGUGUACAAUAAAAUAUACUCAAAGUUUUACAGUUGUGGCCGAAAUUCCACAUAUUUUUCUUGACAACCGCAACUCUGUUAAGCAAUGCAGAUGGUGUACUUUUGGACAACUAAAUAUUACCCCGACACGUGGGUAUUAAGGCUAUUUGCUUCCUGACGUUAAAGUUCCGAAUUUAGCUGAUUUGGAUGAAAAGACCCAAGUAAAAUUUGUCAGAAGUAUUUGCCUCAUUUCCGCACAUCGCUAUUCGCCAGAAUAUGUUAGUUCACCUGACCUGACACUUGCGUCAUGACAGAUGGCAAAUGUCCUACGUUGAUACUCCGAAAGUUCGUUCUGAACACACUACUGUGCUGAUUUGAUUCGUUUUAAAGCACAUAGACAGAAAAAUGGAGCUGUUGUCAUUGAGUUUGUGACAUGUAAGAAAGUAUUGUUUUGAGAAAGACCAACCAGAAGUUGAAUGAUUGUCACACUCGUCGGUGUUUAAGGCUGCAUUCAUUCAAGUCUUGUCAUUACCUAGGUCAUUAUCUUUCAUUUUAAUUGUCAACAACUUCCAGCAAUUUUUCCACCUACGUAACUUUUCAGUUGUUUUUCGUCGUAUUGACUUGUGAGACUGACUGUAGCGUUUUGAUUCCUUUUAAUCCAUAAGCCCUGUAUUGAUUAAACGCCUAAUAUGAGCUUAGGGUAGUUGCUUAACAACAGGUAGGUUUGAGCUCUCGUCCUUGUUGCAUCAAAUGAAUCUGCAGUAAUGUGACUAUACUGAUUUUAAAACGGCGGUUUUCAGGUGCAUUUUCAUACUGGAGAUCCCUUAAUGGAGCAAGUGUACUUAUGAGAAUAGUUGUGAGCUUGGCUCCAUAUUUGGACACUAAAUUCCGAUUUCAUUUUUACUGAAAUCUGUGAUGUAUGUACGUUUGACUUUCGAAUUUGAGGUGGUCUAAUAUUAAUUUAGUAUACUCAAUAAAGUAACGCUGGAUUUUUUUGUUUGAAGUAUAUUCCUCAACUACCUGACGUAAAAUGUCUAAGGACUGUUGCCUGAUCAGAUGAUGAAGUGAUUCAGCGAUAUGCACAAAUAUCUGGUUUUCUGCUGUCUGUCGGUGAACUAUGUAAUCACGUAAAUGCAUCGUUAUAUAUGUAUAUAUUAAAUAGUGGCUUAGGUUUAUUCAAUCCGUCUUAGAAUAAUGUAGGUUCUGAACAAGUCAGUUAAAUAUUUUGCAAACUUGAGGAUCUACGGUUAACAUGGUUUGUUACUCUUCUCUAUCAGUUUUUCAUCUCAGCUAAAUGAGUGUGUGGUUGAAAGGCUUAGACCAAGUAGCACAGUGUAAAGAAAGAAUGGCUUCUUCAUCAUGUAAAUCCUACCUUCUUUUCCUUUUGAAUUAAUUUUAGUUCCUGCGUUAUUACUAGCAUCAAUGUGCUUCCUAACUUGGUAACCUUCUCCAUCAUUGUGAAGUGCGUUAGUGUAAAUUGGUUUUACCAGUUCUUGCGUAGUUUGUGUCAGCAUGAAUUAAAGAAAUGAAACACCAUUUAAUGCUUGUAGUGGCAUUUCUAACAUUUGACCACUUCACCUUGUUCUUAUUUUUAAAUAUUCCUUUGGUUUUAUUAAUGGAUACUUGAUGAGUUCUUGAGAAUUUAUUUUGCUUGUAUUUCAUGUGUUUUAUCAAUCUACAGUCAUACGCCUAUAAAAGUUGGCUUAUCUGAGUUGCAGCUAUCUCCCAAUGCGUUUUCCACUAAUGAGGAACAAACUGUCCUGUCCGGCUCAAUGCAAAAUGGUGGUUCAGCGAAUCAAUCCUUUUCACCUCGGGACCCUAUCGAGGUCUGGCUUGACUCCGGUUCUACUCAGAAGAAAAAGAACGUAACGGAUGCAGAAACAAGUGAUUCCAUAGACACAGUGUCCAACGGGCCACCUGGAGCAUGGUGGCCUGGCCGUGUUCUUACAAUACAAGGUGGUUUUGCCCAUGUAGAGGUUGCUGCCCCAUUGCAAGAAUUUACUGGAGUAGAGGAUAAACCAACUGCACAUGCUAUACCUCACUUGAUUGGAGUUAGUUCUGUCUUGCCGUACCGCUCUACCCUUGUAAAAGUUGAAGAAAUCCGAAUUCCUUGGAAUGGUAAGACCUCUGCUGAUCGGUCGCAAGGUAACAAUUUGGCGACAAGUCUUCUCAAGGACAGUUCAACCGAACCUACUAAUUUGCUGACACCUGGUAUUCUUCACCGUCACAGUAUUUGUAUUCCGGCUUAUUUGUCCCGAGUAGCAACUACUCCAGAAUCGCAUACGACUAUAGCCAAAUUUUGUGGCGCCCCGUGUCUUAUUCAGUGUGACUCUGAACCAUUCCUUCCGGGCACAUUUGCGAAAUCAAUAUUAGGAGAAGAAGGAUGUAGUGAAUCUGGUCAGCACACUCCAGCUCGUGGUGAUUCAGGAUCAGUAAGCCCAUCACUGUGCCUAUCUACAUACACGUGGCCUUCACCCCCCUUAAUAUCUCAAUCAGCCAUUAUGAAUAUUCCGCAUAUCGCGGGUACAUUGAGUCCAGCUGGCAUAACGGACCCAAAUAUCUUGUUGACAGGUUUGCCUGGAGCUAACGGACCACUUGUACUGUUGCAUAUUUGGUCUGGUUCUGCCGAAGCUAUUCGACGUGCAACGUUCUUGGAAUUAGGUCAUGUUCGUUUAUUAGCUGUCAGAUACCAUUUGCUUCGAAACCUGUCUAAAGGAGAGACAGGAGAAUUGGAAUUAUCCAACACUGCUGAUUUUGAUUCAGAAAAUGGUGAUACGCCAGUAAUGCACUGCAAGCCCAUAAGUAUGCCAGCAUCUGCUUCAAACGAUAAACAAUCGUCUAGAGGAAUGAUUAUUGGGUAUCAAUGCCGUUUCCGCAUUUUACCACAUCUUAUCGGUCUCGCAAUUGGACACCGUGGUGCAACUAUUCAAGAGGCUCGAGCAAUACCUGGGGUUCGUGUAGUAGAUCUUCUUUACGAUGGAAUAGUCCAUGUCGAGGCUGAGACAAUCGAGGCUUGUCACUCUGUCCGAAACCUGCUAGAUUUUACAGAAGUUGAAAUUCCCGUUCAACCACGACUAGCAAGUCGACUUAUUGGAUCCAAAGGGAUGAAUAUUCGUAAGUUAGCAGAAGCUGCAGGUGUUCGUCGAGCUGAAUUGUUGGAUCCUGUUACCAGAAAACGUAGACAUAUGGCACAACGUCGGAAUCAAUUAGCAACACUUGUUGAAAAGGAUCAGACAAGUUGUGUAACGGAUGGGAAGGUUAAUGAAGAUACUUCAAACGGUGAAGGAAUGAACAACGGUGAUGAUAAAGUUACUAUCAACUUAGAUGUCUCCUUGGAAGGCAACAAAGACUCUGAUGAUGUCGUUGAUCUGCCUCCUGCUUUCUCGCUUGUUGGUACACGUUCAUCUGUCGCAAAAAUGCGUUUGCUUCUGGAAUUUCAAGCGGAUAAUUGGAAUGAAUUAGAUGAAUUAGAGGAAACUCGAAGGACGUUAUUUAGCCAGUUACGUCAAACUACUCAAAUGGUCAACAAGGCGGAUUCCCUUUCCCCUGGACGCUCCUCCAAUGGCAGGUCCAUCAGAGGCGGGAAUUUCGGUAGAAACAGACCUAUGGGUCGUGGUGGCCGUCUACCAGACAAUUCAAUUCCCGACCAGUCCACGGAUAAUACAGAAAUGUCUCGUCCGCCUAAUUCACGCGGAAACCGUCCACGUGGCAGAAGCACUCAUCAGUUCGAUGUACCUAAUGGUUCUGUGAGGAAUCGUCCACACCCCAACAACGAUUCACAAGAUGGUUAUUCCAAUGGUGUUAUGUCAACUGGUGACCAUGAAAAACAUCCGAGUGAAUCGGGUCAUGGUACUUUUGAAAAGAAUUUUGAUCAGGUAUCAAGACAAGGCUCUGGUGUCUCCAGACGUGGUCAAAAUCGCAAUAAAACAAGAGCAAGUUAAAUAUUUGAAGAAAUGUCGAAACUCGCUACUGUUCUACUCCGGUUUUAUUCUACAUUUGUGUUGCAAAAAGGGACUAUGUUUUAGGUUAUAUUGUGCUUUUUUAAAGUUGUUUUUUUUUUGCAAAAAUAUUGAUCAAUAAAACACUGUGUAGAUUGUCUUCCUCCUCUUAGCAUGAAUGUGCUUUCAUUUUCGCAAUGUUUUGUUUUCAAUGGUGGUAGACACCAAAGUUUCAGAUUUUUGCUUAGUCUUCAAAGUGCAUUUACACACACAAGCCACAUUUGUGUAAUUAGACGCCACUUUCUGUUUCUUUAUGGCAACCUCACACUUUUAAAAUUUGGACGUUUCAACUGAUAUAACAAUGGCAUGCUGCCCCCUUUUUAAACAUCCUCGAUAAUAUUUUUUCUGAUUAAAUAAGACUACUGUUGAAAUUUUUU